AUGCCUUCCAUUCGAUGCCUUCACUCUGCUAGCCGCACAAUGGCCUCCAUCCGAACCAUUCAAUGCCGACAACCGGCUUCUAUUCGAGCCAUUUCUUCUACACCACUCCGAGCUGCGACUCAGGGCUAUGGAGAUGGUAAGGGCCACCCAAUGGCCGAGAAUCCUCAAGACCAAGGUGCCUCAAACAACACAAAGCAUAGUGCAGAACACCCUGGUCCUGAGCCAGUAUCUGAGGGACAAGGAACUGGUGCCGGCCCAACGAAAGGCGGUUCCGGUGGCCCAAAAUCUCCUGAAGAUGCAUCGGCACAAUCUGGAGGAUCAAGAUCGAAGGAAGCAAAGGAGACUGGAUCCAGCCCUACAGGUGGUUCUAUCAAGGAGAACGGAGGUAAGAAUAAGAACCCAGAGGAGAAGAGCGUCAACGGAGCUUCGCCCAAGAUUCACUCCGAAGACGAGCCGGGUGUGAAGAGUUCGAGCAAACAAGCUGAGGUUGAGAAGCAUAACAGGGAGUUCAAAAAGGGACAUGACAGAGGCGCACAGAAGGUCUAA